AAAUGUAUUAAUGUGACAAUCCCUCAAGACGGUGUCAUUCUUGGUAACCAGAGGGGAGUCGGAAAAAGAAUCCGAUAUGAAUGUAAAGCGGGUUACACGGCGUUGAAUGGCCCGUUUGCUGUGUGCCUGGACACUGGAGUUUGGAAUGAAUACAGUUCAUGUAUUACUGUUCCGGCGCAAACUAGCACAGCCUUUCCUAUAGGACCUACAAUUGGUAGUAGUUGUGGCACAGAUGCUGAUUGUAUUGAAACAGAAGGAAGAUGUAUUGAAGGAAUAUGUUUCUGUCAUCCACUGUACAGAUACAGCACUUCUUACAAAAACUGUCUAAAAGUGUGCAAUUCUAUGUCAGACACGUUUCAAGAGAUAAAGAAAGAGUUCAUUGUCAAUUUUAACGAUAUUGAAGAAGCUACAAUAUAUUCAAGUCCAAAUGACUGCGAAACAGCUUGUGCUGAGGAUCCUAACUGCUCCUCGUUUGAGGCAUGGAAAGAUAAUGGUGUACAUAUGUGUACCAGAUCAUCUGUGAGUCUUAAUAUGGCAAAGGAUGCUGCUCCAAGUGCAGUCCAAUUCAAUCCGAAUGUUCAACUCUAUACACGACUUUGUGUUUAACCUUUAAUCCGGAGGAUGUUUGUCGUCUCUUCAAACGAUACUUUAAAUUAUUAUCAAACGUUUGGCGGCAAAUGAAACCGGAAAUUUUUAAUGACAAAAUGUUGUAAUAUAUGCGACAACAAAAGCGUUUGAUUCUAUAAAACGAUACUUUAUAUACUUGCAAAAUGUUUAUAAUAUAUUUUACAGGAAAGGUUUUUGACUCUUUAAAACGGUAUUAUAUAGUGGCAAAAUGCUGUUAUGCAUGUAGUUGUGAUAAUGUGCAAGCAAAGGCUUUUCGCUUUUUAGAAUAGCAUUUUAUAAAGGCAAAAUGCUGUAAUAUAUGUGACAGCAAAGGCCUUUGUCUUUUAAGAAUGGCAUUUUAUAAUGACAAACGCAAUAAUAUUUGUAAACGCUUUUUAAUAAUGCUCGACUUAUGUUACUAACAAUCAAUUGUUUUGAAUGAAUAACAUCAUGUGGAGAAGGAAAACUUUGGCUUUGUCAAAUAUAAACGUUUCAAAUG